AUGUUUGUUUUCAAGCUGGGUUUGGCUAAAUGUCAGGAAUCACUGGCUCUUAUUCACCUUACUGAUCCUAAAGACACUCUUUGUUGCAUAUGGUUGAUGAAAGAGUAUGGCGUCACCGAGUCUUGGACUAAACAGUUCAAUGUUGAUACUAUUGGAGGAUUCAAUAGUGUAGUUGGCUUCAUAAGGAAAGAACUAGCAAUCCUACUGAAGCUCAAACAACAUUGGUCCAAUCCACCCUCCAUCGAAUAUUGGAACUCAACCUCAACCUCAAUCCACUGUACAUGGCCGGAGAUCAACUGCACAGAAAACAACUUGACCGGGGCAAUACCGGAUGAUUUUGGAAAACUGACCAAACUGACUGGUUUGGCUCUGUUUACCAACCAUCUUUCCGGCGAAGUCCCCCAAAGCAUUGGCCGGUUAGCAGGGCUGCAAGUUAUAAAGUUGUUCGGCAACAAUCUAUCAGGACAAUUGCCACCAGACCUGGGGCGAUACUCGAUGCUCAGAGAAUUUCAAGUGGCCAACAAUCAGUUUACAGGCCAAUUGCCGGAGAUAAUAUGCGCCAACGGAGUGUUGGUAAGUUUCAUGGCAAUGUACAACAAUCUCACCGGUGAAUUGCCAAGUUCACUAGGGAAUUGCAUGAGUCUGUUAUAUAAUCAGGUUCAUGGUAAUCGAAUUUCCGGCGAAAUUCCGGCUGGUUUAUGGAAAUCAUUGAAUUUGACACAGUUGAUAAUAAGGGACAAUCUCUUUACCGGUCAUCUUCCUGAUGAAUUGGCGAGAAACUUAACGCGACUUGAUAUCAGUAACAACCAGCUUUCCGGUGAAAUUCCAGCUGGGAUUUCAUCAUUGAGGAAUUUAACGGUGUUCACAGCAAGAAACAAUCUCUUCACCGGCACAAUUCCACAAGAGUUAACAGCUCUUCCAUUCAUGACAACUCUUUCACUUGAUAGGAAUCGGUUUUCCGGGCAUUUUCCUUCAGAAAUAGUCUCAUGGGAUUCACUGAAUACUUUAAAUCUCAGUGGAAACCAACUCUCUGGGAACAUUCCAGCUGAGAUUGGUUCUUUGCCUGUCCUUACUUCUUUGGACUUGUCGGACAACGAAUUCUCCGGUCAAAUUCCAUCUCAAAUUGGCGGUUUAAGGCUAAAUUCAUUCAACCUUUCUUCUAAUAGUCUCACCGGGAGAAUCCCAGGUGCCUUUGAAAAUGCAGCUUAUCAUGACAGCUUUUUAAACAAUCCUGGUCUAUGUUCAAUUAACCCAUCAUUGGGCAUUCACGUUUGCUCUUCAGGAGCAAGAAAAUUUGGCAGAAUUUCCACCCAGCUUUUUGCUAUGUUGAUAAGUAUAGCAUCAGUUCUGUUCGUUUUAGCUAUUAUAUUCACGUUCUUCUUCGUGAUCAGAGUUCAUCGAAAGAGAAAGGUUGGAUUGGAUUUGAACUGGAAACUCACUUCAUUUCAGAGGUUGAAUUUCACUGUGUCGAGCAUUUUGUCGAGAUUGACUGAACAAUGCGUAAUAGGAAGUGGGGGAUCGGGGAAAGUGUAUCGCGUUCCAGUCAACAGCUCAGAAGGCGAUUUUGUUGCUGUUAAGAGGAUUUGGAACAACAGAAAGUUGGACCAAAAACUGGAGAAGCAAUUCCUUGCAGAAGUUGAGAUACUAAGCACAAUUCGCCACUCCAACAUAGUGAAAUUGUUGUGCUGUAUGUCAAAUGAGACCUCGAAACUUCUUGUUUACGAGUUUAUGGAAAAUGGAAGCUUGCAUGACUGGCUCCAUGGAAAGAAUAGGCGUAGGCAGCCAAGUGUAUCGGGUUCAGUCCAUCAUGUUGUCCUGGACUGGCCUAAGAGGUUCCAGAUUGCAGUUGGAGCAGCCCGGGGGCUAUGCUACAUGCACAAUGAUUGCUCACCACCUAUUGUUCAUCGCGACGUGAAAUCAAGCAAUAUCUUGUUAGAUCCCGAAUUCAAUGCGCAAAUAGCAGAUUUUGGCUUAGCCAAGAUGUUGAUCAAGCAUGGCGAGCCUAACACAGUGUCAGCUGUGGCUGGCUCCAUUGGGUACAUUGCUCCGGGUAAUUACGGAGUAAUCCUUCUGGAACUAGCAACCGGAAGGAAAGCCAGUGAUGGAGAUGAAGAAAUGGGGCUAGCAGGAUGGGCAUGGCAUCAAUUACAAGAAGGCAAGUCCAUAGAAGAUGCAUUGGAUGAGGAGAUCAAGGAACCUUGUUACUUGGAGGAGAUGAGUGGUGUGUUCAAACUUGGGAUCAAUUGUACUUGCACAUUGCCUUCCACCAGACCCACCAUGAAGGAGGUUUUGCAAAUACUGUUACGGUGCAACAAGACGAUGGCAUUUCAAAAGAAUAAUGGGGGAAGUGAGUAUAAUGCCGCUCCCCUGCUCAAGAAUUCUAAGCGAGAGAGGAGGUUAGAAACCGACGAUGAUGAUUUGGCGUCAAAUAAGGAAAUUGAAAUCAUCAGACUGCCUUUUGCUCGCCGGUCGAUUCUCCCUCUUGCUCGCUGGCCGCCGUGCAAUUUGAAGUUCUUGCAGAUGCGGGAGGCGGUGGCCUCAGAGACUGAGUCCGGAUGGGAGAAGGCGGUGUGGUCGGCAAUGGCAACUAGCAGCGGGGGAUAA